CGUUUAUAUCUUCGAAGGGUGGAUGAUAAUUCACCACACGAAUGUAAAUUCAGUAAACCUUUGAUGCACUCCCAAGAAAUAAAUCUCCAACUUGCUUCUUCCAACAUUGAAUUUCAAGAUCAACCUCAUCAAUUGCAAAGUUUACCUAUUCCAGAAGUAGGACAACAAAGAUCAAAUGCAAUCUACAAUAGUGAUAUUCCUCUCCCUAAUCAAAGGAACUUUUAUCACUACGGAAUGGCAGAAUCCAGAUUUGGAAUGGGACAACUGAGCAUUUGUAGCAGAGAUGUGAAUUUAUCUUCUGAAGUUCCAACUAUUAUCGAAUCAGAUCAGUUAACAUCCUUAAACAAAUUUGCUCGAGGUUCUAGAAACAUUGGUUUGCAAAUUUGUGAUGAAACAUCAGACAAAUUCAACUCAUUGACGAUUGCUAACAGUGUUCAUGGAAAUUUGGCAAGUUCAUCUACAAUUGAAAGGCCAUCUAAGAUGCAGAAGUUGAAUCAAUAUGCAAGCAAUGAGGCUUUCAAUAAUGGGGCAAUACGCUAUUCUGUUUCUACUUCGCCUACAAUAACUAAAUUGUAUGGGCAGAAUAGUUUCGAUACAUCUUAUGUGGGAAAUGGAACACCAGUGUACAUAUCAGAUUCAAACUAUGAGUUUGUUGAACAUUUUGACCAAGAUGAUUUUAAUAUUAGGCCCUAUGACGAGCAAUUUGUUGGACAUGCUGAAGACAGAUUUGAUUUUGAUAGCUAUCCCACAGACAAAAAUUCUAUGUAAGAGAAGUCCAUCCAUGUUUUCUCAUGUAUAUAGUGACUUCAAGAAUUUUUGUUUCUUUCGACAACAAUUGAACAUAAUAGUGUUCCAUUAGAUGCUCUUUGAAGAUGUUUCUAAUGUAGUUGGGUGGUUUCAAGAUUAUGUUAACUUGGUGA